UUCUUCAUCUCUUCUUGAAGAUGAGGAGCUAGGUAUGGAGGCCACCAGCUGGCAGCUGAACAACACAUCCAUUAAUGGCCAUGUUGAAAGUGCAACCACAGCCCGUUUCCCCAGCUGGGUGACUUUUGAUGACAAUGAAGUUAGUUCCAUUUCUCCAAUAACUAUAUCUCCUGUGAAACAAGAGUCCUCAUCAUUAUCAGAAGGAGCAACAACAGCAACAACACAGGUCAUAGAUGUGAACACUAGUACCCCUUUAUCCUUUAAAAAAAGGGAGCGCCCCAGGAGCACCUUGAGUGAUUUUUCUAAAGUUCAGAAGCUAGAUCUUUCUUCCAUCACCUCGGUGCCAUCAGUUGGUGGAACACCCCCCUGGAGUGCUACUAAUCCAUUCCUUGAUGUAUCACUAAAGGAUGUUCAACCUUCUCCUAUCAAUCCAUUCAGUUCUUUCUUUGAGGAAAGGGAUAGGCAUUCCCAAGGCAACUCUGUCACUGGAAACACUAGUAAAAACCAGAGAGAUUCUCUUCUUAUCCUUCAUCAGGAACCUGAUUCCAUCAGCUUCAAUGAGCCAAGUGCACACCUUAGACAUAGAGAUGCUAUUGAGCAACUCAAGCAACUCCAUAUUAGUGAUCCAGAUCAGCAGGACAUUCUCAGUUUGCCAGAUGAUGACCCCACAAUCUCCACUGAGCUCUAUAAUACUUUGUCCACUUUGGGACCACCUCAUCAAAAAGAUGGCUGGCCAAUGAUGCUGAGGAUACCAGAAAAAAAGAAUAUAAUGUCUUCUAGGCACUGGGGUCCAAUAUAUGUCAAACUGAAAGAUAGAAAAUAUUUACAGCUCUUCUAUGAGAAGGGACUGGAAAAGCCUUUUAAGGAAUUCAAGUUUGAAAUAAAUCAUGAGGUUUCAGAACCCAAGCUUCAAAAUUAUGAUGAAAAUGGGAGGAUACACAGUGUGAGAAUAGACCGUGUCACUUACAAGGAAAAAAAGAAAUACCAACCAAAGCCAGCUGUUUCUCACAUAGCAGAAAAGGAACAGGUUAUUAAGCUAGGCACCACCAAUUAUGAUGAUUUCCUUAGUUUUAUCAGGGCUGUUCAGGAUUCAUUGAUGGAUUUGCCUGCUUCCUCAACAGAUUUAAGUACAGUAGGACUUAAUUACCAAGAGGAGGAAAUCACUGUUGAUGUAAAGGAUGAAUUCUAUGGAAUUUUGGCCAAAGGAGACAACAGGAUCUUGCAGCAUAAUGUAUUGACACGAGUGCAUGUGCUCAGUUUUCUUUCUGGACUGGCAGAGUGUAGGCUGGGCCUCAACGACAUUCUUAUUAAAGGGAAUGAAAUUGUUUUGCGGCAGGACAUCAUGCCCACCACCACUACCAAGUGGAUUCAACUGAAUGAUUGCCAUUUCCAUUCAUGUGUGGAUGAAGAGGCAUUUGCCAGUGCCCGUGUCAUUAUGUUUAACCCUUUGGAUGCUUGCCGAUUUGAACUGAUGCGCUUUAGGAGUGUGUUUUCUGAGAAGACCAUGCCUUUUACUUUAAGGGUUACGGCUAGUGUCAAUGGUGCUGAGGUGGAGCUUCAGAGCUGGCUGAUGAUGUCACCAGGGUUCUCAUCCAACAGAGAUCCUCUAGCUCAAGUCCCCUGUGAAAAUGUGAUGAUUCGUUAUCCUGUGCCACAUAAGUGGGUGAAAAACUUCCGGAGAGACAGUGUCCUUGGGGAGAAGUCCUUGAAAGCGAAGGUGAACAAAACUGCUAACUUUGGAUCUACCAGCGUGUCUGGUUCUGAGCCAGCAAUGAGGGUAACACUAGGAACUGCAAAAUACGAGCAUGCUUUCAAUUCAAUUGUGUGGAGGAUAAAUCGCCUGCCUGAUAAAAAUUCUGCUGCAGGUCAUCCUCAUUGCUUCUUUUGCCACCUGGAACUUGGUUCAGACCGGGAAGUGCCUUCUCAUUUUGUCCGCUAUGUGGAUGUAGAUUUUGAUAUGCCAGCCAGUUCAGCAUCCAAAGCUGCUGUUCGGUCCAUCUCUGUGGAGGGCAAGACUGAUGUGAGGAAGUGGGUGAAUUAUGCAGCACAUUACAGUUAUAAGGUAUGGUUGAAUAACUGAUAACCACCCAUUCACCCACACACCCACA